GCCAGACCCAUUCUCUCUUAUAUUGUUGGUGUUACGGUGUUAAUGGAAUAUGGAUCAAUCAAUAACGAUAAUACAGGAUAGGAUAGCAACCGGAUGAAGACCCUGAAGACUAGCGCCUGGGUUGGGACUUGUGAGAACGGUGGAAGAAAACACCCAUUCCAAUUCCCAACCCAAGGGCCAAGGGGAAGGAGACAGCAGCAGAUCCUGAGGAGGCGCAAAAAACAUAACCGACUCUUUUUGUCUCUUUCAGCCACAUGGACAUAUCCCACAAGUUCUCAACUUCGAUGCGUGGUGGUAGUUGCAGAGCUGAGACCAUGACGACCAUCACGUGUUUUGCUCUUCAGUUAAGCAGGUGAGGCCAGGCCAUCAUCGCUAUUAUUCACUCCAUCACUCGUUCAGGUUCAGUACUCCCGUCCAUCCAACACUAUCACAACCACCUGAUGCAGAUGCAGAUGCAGAUGCAGCAGCGCCUCUUGCCUCCUCCUGGGGUCCACUGCUCAUCGAGGUUUCAAUUUCAUAUUCACUUCUGCAAUUUGAUGUUACUUGUUAACCAACCAAGGCAAUAACGCAGCAAGGACCAGGGACGACAGUGUGGUUGCGGGCUUCUUGGCCCCUCCAGUUCUCCUCUGUAAGACUGUAAUCUCUCCUCAUCUGGUCUGAAUCAAUGGCAGUUUUUGCUUCUCUGACUUUAGUAACUUUGAUAUUGCCGUAUGACCUUUUCUUUUUCUAAUCCUGCUUUCUUCUCUACACCGGUAGCAAUAGAUUAGAAUCCAAAGGCCAAUAUUGAUAAAAAUCAGGGAAAGAAGAAGCAUUGUACUGUACAGAACCCACGUUGAUGGUAACUUCAGUCUUCAUACAAGGAAUCUAAUCCUAUCUUAUCAGUCGCUUGAAUUGUGUGGUGUGGCCGUGUGGGUCCAUUCAUCAUCUGUCAUUGACAAAAACAGAUGAAUAAAACUGAACCAGUCAUUCGUUCCAGUUGACGCUUCAGUGGGCACUACUGCUGCCCCCCUCCUCCGUCUCUGCCACUGACCGGAGGCGGAAACAAACUCUCAUUAUUGACCUCCAAAAUUGCGGAAGAAGACGUUAACGGCCAUUAUUUUUGCAACUCGUAAAUGCUGCAAUAUUGUACUACGACUUCAUUGAAAUGACUCCUUCACUUUCACUGUCCUACUCCUACCCACGUUGUAUUCACAUCCUCCUCUUAUCCCCACCUUUCGAUCCCCUCUCGAAAGCAAUGGCCACCACUGCCCUCAUGCUAUACCCUGCCACUUCUUCCUCGUAUGCGUACCGGAAACUGUUUCAUUCUUCGCAUAUCCACUGCUGUGAGGACACUGUCGGACGUCCCCGAAAGCCCCAACUCGCUUCCCUUAAUGGGCUGGCCGGUUUCCCAGAGAAGAAUGCUCUUCUCACCCCAACAUCCGCACUGCCGCCUCGCCCUCGGCGUAUCAUUUUGGUCCGCCAUGGCCAGAGCGAAGGGAACGUCGAUGAGAGUGCCUAUACUCGGGUUCCGGAUCCCAAGAUUGGACUUACCAAGAAGGGAAUGCAGGAAGCGGAGGAUUGCGGCAUUAGAAUCAGGGAGAUGAUCGAGAAAGAUGGCGCCCCCGACUGGAAGGUCUACUUUUACGUCUCGCCUUACAAGAGAACUCUUGAGACGUUACAGGGUCUCGGCAAGGCGUUUGAGCCAUCCAGGAUCGCCGGAGUCAGGGAGGAACCUCGUUUGCGCGAACAGGAUUUUGGGAAUUUUCAGGACAGAGAGAAAAUGAGGGUUGAAAAAGCUAUUCGCGUUCUGUAUGGCCGCUUCUUUUAUCGCUUUCCUAAUGGAGAAUCUGCUGCUGAUGUUUAUGACCGAAUAACAGGAUUCAGGGAGACCCUUAGAGCAGAUAUUGACAUUGGACGAUUUCAACCACCUGGUCAACGGAACCCAAAUAUGAACUUGGUCAUAGUUUCACAUGGCCUAACAUUGCGAGUUUUCUUGAUGAGAUGGUACAAAUGGACGGUGGAGCAAUUUGAAGGCCUCAAUAACUUCAGUAAUGGAGGCAUGAUUGUGAUGCAAACAGGAUAUGGUGGAAGGUACAGCUUACUAGUACAUCACACACCUGAAGAACUGAGGGAGUUUGGUUUGACAGAUGAAAUGCUAACUGAUCAGGAGUGGCAAAAAUUUGCAAGACCAGGUGAACUGAAUUAUGACAUUUUGACGACUGGACAAUCAUUUUUUACACACUUUGAUACUGGAAACAAUAAAACUUGAAGGCAGAAGAUCAUGUCCUUGUCAGCAGUGUAUUCCUAGCAUAAAAGCUUCAAGAUGAAACUCGUCACCACAUUAACUUGAUACAUGCAACAAUUGCUGAUGCAGUUUCCAGGAAAAUGACCCCAUAAUAAAACUCAUAUGAAUUUGAAGACAGAAAGUUAUGCAAGAUAUUGCAGAUGAGUGCACAGAAGAAAAACAGAUGGAUCUGAGAGAAGGAUCAUUUGCUAUUACUAUCCCCUUGGAAUCCUGCCAAUGUUUUUUAAUAUUUUUUCAUUGUUGUGUAUAUGGGUUAAAUGAAAGUUUUGACAGUCCAUUUUUGUUACCAUAGAUUCUCAAUUCAAUUAGAUUAAAAAAAAGAUUCCAUUUGUAGGCUUCCAACUUGAAAGGGGGGAAUUUUGAGGUAUUGAAUUUCUUGAAAACCUUAAACAGGAA